GGACGGAGCACACACCCUUUAUUAUAGAAAACUGAAUGAGUAAAACUGAUAAAAGGAAAAUCUAUAAUGAGUACCGGCAUAAAUAUACAAAAAAAUCUAUACAGGAGAGCUAUACGAUACAUACAUAUGUUGUAUUUUUAUGUAAAGGGGAGAGUGCGCCACUCAAACAUUUCCAGCUAUAUUGCGUUAUCUAUAGAAUAUGAGUUUUGAAUUCUAAAUAGAAAGAAAUAAACUCAAAACGAAUUGAACACAUUGUACAUACUCGUAAAAAUGAAAAGAAAUGUGUUCUUUAAAUGAAUCAAUUGAAAAUAACAAAAACAACAACCACGAAUAUACAAAAAUUACAAAAAAUAAAUUAUAAAUUAAAUAAAAAUCACAAACUCAGCAGAGGCAAUACUGUGUGUUCGACAAAACUAAAGUGACAGUUUAUUGAAAAAAGUCGACGCAACCCGGUAGAAUAAAACGGAAAAUAAAAAUUAUUUAAAGAAAAAAAAUAAAUAAAAUAUUUGUGUAAGCUUUUUUUCUGUAGAAAGAAAACAAAAGCAGCAACUUAAAAAACCCUUAAAAUUUUUUAAGAAAUUUUGUGUAAAAAUCUUCCAAAAAUAAUGGAUUUCGAUUCCAAAUGUAUGCGUGUUUUGGGUACAGCCGCCAUUACCAUAGUGGGCUAUCAAUUGGUUACAAAAUUCCUACCCUGGUUGUAUAUUAAUAUAAUUGGUCCUAAAUUCUUGGGACCCAAAGUAAAUGUUUCACGUUUGGGCAAAUGGGCAGUAAUUACUGGUGCUACCGAUGGUAUUGGAAAAUCCUAUGCUAAAGCGUUGGCCAAAAAGGGUCUGAAUGUGGUGCUCAUCAGUCGAUCUCUUAGUAAAUUGGAAACUGUAGCCAAAGAAAUUGCUGAUGCUUACAAAGUUGAGACCAAAAUCAUUGAUGUUGAUUUCACCGGAGGUCAGGAAAUUUAUUCCAAAAUUAAACAGAACAUUGAAGGUCUGGAAAUUGGUGUUUUAGUAAAUAAUGUGGGGAUGAGUUAUUCCUAUCCUGAAUUCUUUGUUGAAUUCAGUCAACAGAAUCCACAAUUCUUAAGAGACAUUAUAUCGGCCAAUGUACACUCGGUGCUACAAAUGACCGCUUUAAUAUUGCCACAAAUGGUGGAAAGAAAGAAGGGUGCUGUAAUAAAUAUAUCAUCUACGGCUGGUGUUAUACCGAAUCCCCUAUUAACGGUAUAUAGUUCUACUAAGGCCUUUGUUGACAAAUUCAGUGCCGAUUUACAAACCGAAUAUCGUGCUCAAGGCAUUGUAGUGCAAAGUAUUCAACCCGGUUUUGUGGCCACCAACAUGACAAAAAUACGCAAAACCAGCGCCUUCGCACCCUCUGCCGAUACCUAUGUUGCGUCGGCUCUUAAAACUUUAGGCAUUGCCGAACGUACCGCUGGAUAUUUACCGCACACUCUUAUGCAAAACGCUCUCAGUGCUAUUGCGUGCAUUUUCUGUGAACAAUUUGCUAGUCAAUUAGUAUUUAAACAAUUACUCAAUACCCGCAAACGAGCUUUACGUAAUAUUGCCAAAAAACAAUAGUCAGUCAGUCCACAAAAUUAUUAAUGGGUAUCAUAAGAGCGGAGACCAAAGAGAAGCUAAUUAAAAUAAUGCAUUAUAAACAUUGUAAUUCUUCCUCUAGUAGUUUAAUUUAAUUUGCAUUCAAAUUUUAAAGGACUGGGUUUAAUUACUAAUUUUGUUUUGUUUCUUUAGGUGAAACAUUAUGUACGUAAUAUUUAUUUAAUUUUGCUUUUAAAAAGUGUCAUAUAUUUUUUUUAAUAAACAAAACACAAUUUUAAAACAGAAUUGUAAUUAAUAGAGUUUAAUUAGUAAAAGCAUGAGUGAAAGUAUUUCUCAUGGAAAUUGUUGUUAAUUUAUAGUUAAAAGAAAUUUAUUUAAUAGAAAUUUUUGAUUGGCUGUGCCGAAUCUUAUAUACCCUUCACCAAGUA